CAAAAGGAAGCCAACUUAUAAUUCUCUUUUUUCAGAAUAAUUUUGAAACAAAGAAGGGGAAGAAGUAAUGUGGAAGCUUACGCUUUCGUCGCAAGGAGAUGAUCCGUGGGUUACAAGCACUAACAAUCAUAUCGGCAGGCAGUACUGGGAGUUCGACCCCAACCUUGGAACGCCUGAGGAGCGAGCACAUGUGGAAAAGCUUCGCAAUGAUUUUACAAUCAAUAGGUUUCAAUACAAACACAGUGCCGAUCUCCUCUUGCGACUCCAGUUUGCAAAGAAGAAUCCGUGUGAGAUGGAGCUAGAAAAGGUGAGGAUUUUAGAAGGAGAAGAAGUGACGAAGGAAAAGGUGAGUAGGAUACUGAGAAGGGCCCUCAAGUUCCACUCAACUCUGCAGGCUGAGGAUGGGUUUUGGCCUGGCGACUUCGGCGGCCCCAUGUUUCUUCUUCCUGGCUUGGUGAUUGGUUUGGCUGUGACGGGAGCCCUGGAUAUGAUGUUUCCAUUGGAGGACAAGAAAGAGAUAUGCCGCUAUUUGUACAACCAUCAGAACGAAGAUGGAGGGUGGGGAUUACAUAUAGAAGGGUGCAGCAUAAUGUUGUGUACAGCACUCUCAUAUGUCACCCUGAGGUUGCUCGGAGAAAGAAUGGACGGUGGAGAUGGCGCCAUGGAGAAAGCAAGAUCUUGGAUUCUUGAUCGUGGUGGUGUCACCUUCAUUCCCUCCUGGGGCAAGACGUGGCUUUCAGUGUUGGGAUUAUACGAAUGGAGUGGAAACAAUCCGAUGCCCCCAGAGUUAUGGCUUCUUCCCUACUUUGUCCCAACCCAUCCAGGACGAAUGUGGUGUCACAGUCGGAUGGUGUAUUUGGCGAUGUCAUACUUAUACGGGAAGAGAUUUGUUGGGUCCAUAAAUACAUUAAUUUUGUCUCUAAGAAAAGAGCUCUAUGUACUUCCUUACCAUUGCAUUGACUGGAACAAGGCCAGGAAUCAAUGUGCUAAGGAGGACUCGUACUACCCACAUCCUAUGAUUCAAGACAUGCUGUGGGGGUGUCUUCAAAAGAUUGGGGAACCUCUUCUAAUGAAAUGGCCCUUGUCUAAGGUGAGACAAAGGGCUCUCACCUCUGUGAUGCAACUCAUUCACCAUGAAGAUCAAACCACUCACUAUCUCUGCCUUGCCCCUGUCAACAAGGUUCUAAAUAUGGUGUGUUGCUGGGUAGAGGACUCGAACUCAGAAGCAUAUAAGCGUCACCUUUCAAGGAUUAAGGACUAUCUUUGGGUAGCUGAAGAUGGCAUGAAAAUGCAGGGAUUCAAUGGGGUCCAACUUUGGGAUGUUGGUUUUGCUGCUCAAGCAAUCCUGGCUACUGACCUUGUCGAUGAAUAUGGUUUCAUGCUUAAAAAAGCACACAACUUUAUUAGAAACACCCAGAUUAGGGAAGACAGUGUUGCAGAGUACCGCCACAUUUCCAAGGGAGGAUGGCCUUUCUCUACUCGAGACAAUGGUUGGUCUGUAUCUGAUUGCACUGCAGAAGCCUUGAAGAUAGCAGUCUUGUUAUCGCAAAUGCCAUCCAACAUUGUGGGAGAAGCAAUAUCAGCAGAUCAACUAUAUGAUGGUGUUAAUUACAUGUUAUCCAUGCAGAAUGGCAAUGGAGGAUAUGCAUCAUUUGAACUCACAAGAUCAUAUGCAUGGUUGGAGAUGUUGAAUUCAGCUCAAGUAUUUGGAGAGAUCAUGAUUGACUAUCAGUAUGUAGAAUGCACUUCAGCAGCAAUUCAAUGCCUUGCAACAUUUAUGAAAGUACAUCCUGGACACCGGAGGAAGGAAAUAGAAGACUGUAUUGCCAAAGCAAUUGAUUUCAUUGAGAGCAUACAACUACUUGAUGGAUCCUGGUAUGGCUCAUGGGGAGUGUGCUUUACUUAUGGAACAUGGUUUGGGAUAAAGGGACUGGUGGCUGCUGGUAGGACAUUCCAAAACUGUUACAGCAUUAGAAGAGCAUGUGAUUUCUUACUAUCCAAGCAACUUGAUAAUGGUGGCUGGGGAGAGAGCUAUCUUUCUGCCCAAAACAAGGUAUAUACAAACUUGGAAGGGAACAAAGCACAUCUAGUCCACACGGCAUGGGCAACAUUAGCUCUGAUUGAAGCUGGACAGGCAGAAAGAGAUCCAGUCCCGCUCCAUCGUGCAGCACUAGUAUUGAUCAACUCACAAAUGGAAAAUGGAGAUUUUCCACAACAGGAGAUUGUCGGAGUGUUCAACAAGAACUGUAUGAUUAGUUAUGCAACCUACAGAAACACCUUUCCUAUAUGGGCACUGGGAGAAUACUGCAACCGCGUGCUAUAGGCUUCUACCAGGGCCUAAAAUGUGCAAAUUAUGAUGUAAAAUGCGUAAAAAUAAAUGGUGUAUCUUGCAAUCUCUUCUCUCGUAAAUGCUUGAACUGUUGAGUCAGAACAAAUAAAUGAAGCUUGCUAAU